AUGGAGCGAUUAAAAUCACAGCUAUCCACCAGAGUUAAAUUACUGGAUGCGUACCCCGAUGUGACCUCAAUGGCAUUUAAUACAGUUUAUAAGAAAAAUGGCAUUGAAUUUAAAGACACUUGUGAACACUUUCAAAUCUCAGGACAUGGAUUAACGAUUACAUGGAACUGGGGUGAUAACAUCAUGCUUGAAUUAGAGGAACAGUACAAACAUAAGUUAUGUGGACUUUGUGGCAACUAUGAUGGGGAUUCCUCCAAUGAUAUCCAGUGGGAAGGUGUCAACAUCCAUCCCAUACCGUUUGGCAAUCUGUAUAACAUGAAUGAUCCAACAAGCGACUGUACAGAUGUUGAGGAUAACUCUUAUGAUGAAGAGAGUGAAACUAGGCAAGACAAAUGUAGGGAGGAGGAAAGCAAAGUGUCUCUCAAACUGAUUGUCAAUAUUUCAUUAGUAGAGGAAAGCAAACACUUUCAGUGUAAAACAACAAUAGCCCGAGUCUAUAGCCAAACUUAUGUAAAGAUAAAAUAUGUUUUUGAUAUAAGCUGUCCCAGCACCAUGGAAUUUUUUGAGUGUGCAUCACCAUGUCCUGAUACUUGUUCUAACCCAGCUGCCAGCAAACUGUGUAACCAGCCGUGCUUCGAGGGAUGUUCUUGUCCUCCAGCCAAAGCCUUAACAGUAAUUAAGAAAUUAAUAUCAACACUGUCUUCCAGCAUUUGUAUUUUGGGUCAAUGGGUCUGCAAUCAAGUUGCCUGCUUUGGAAACUGCACUCUGAAAGGAGGAUCCCACAUAAGUACAUUUGAUGAAAAAAAAUACACUUUCCAUGGCAACUGCCAAUAUGUAAUGUCCAAGGACAACAAUGGAACAUUUGCUGUGAUAGCCAAGAUUGUGCAGUGUGGUUUGACUGAGACUGUCACUUGUCUGAAUGCUGUUUACAUCAACAUAGGGAAGAUGAAAAUAAAAAUCUGUUAUUGUGGAAACGUAUAUAUCAACAAUUUUUUAGUUAUCCUGCCGAAAAUUACUGAUAAGGUCAUUAUAUACAAGCAAUCAGCGUAUUUUAUAAACGUGGUGACGAGGCUUGGUCUAGUUGUGGAGGUUCAGGUGAAGCCUGUGUUUCAGCUUACCAUCUCAGUGAAUUCCUCAUUUCAGGACCAAACUACAGGCCUUUGUGGAAACUUUAAUGGGAUUGAAGCUGAUGACCUGAAGACCAUAAGUGGGGUGGUGGAGGAAUCAGCGGCAGCUUACGGCAACUCCUGGAAGAUAGCAACUUCAUGCACUGAUGCGAGCGAUGUCUUUGAUAACCCAUGUAUCAAAAGCAGUAGCAGAGCGGAAUAUGCCAAACACUGGUGUUCUCGUCUGAUAAACACCACUGAUGUCUUCGCUGCUUGCCACUCAGAACUGAAUCCAACACUUUACAGCAAGCACUGCAUAUAUGAUGUAUGUAACUCUAUAAACAGCGAGGAAGCCAUGUGUUCCUGGCUUGCAGACUAUGCCAGCGAAUGCCGGAGCAGAAAUGUGUUUAUAGAAGAUUGGAGAGAAAAUAUAUGUGAUCCUCAUUGUCCUGAAACCAUGGAGUUCACUCCUAGUCCAAGGCCUUGCAACGUUAGCUGCAGCUCCUUAGCAGAACCGGACAUUCUGUGUGAUUUUGACGCGCCUCUCAGAGAGGGCUGCAGCUGCCCUGAAGGGACUUAUCUGACAAUAAAUGAGAAGUGUGUGACCCCAGAAGACUGUCCUUGUAGCUACAAGGGACGUACUGUCCCAGCUCAUCAAACGUUUAUUGUGGAUGAGAUCCUGUGUAAAUGUAUACGUGGUAUCCUGGAAUGUCCUAAGAAAGUUGAAGACACUCCUGCCUGCAACCCACCUAUGUAUUAUUAUGACUGCAGUUCUCCUGGUCCUGAUUCUUUUAGCUCUGAAUGUCAGAAGAGCUGCAAAACACAGGAUAUGGGAUGUUAUAGUAACGAUUGUGUACCAGGAUGCGUCUGCCCUAUAGGUCUAAUAUCUGACGACAAAGGUGGCUGCAUUCUUCCAAGCCAGUGCCCGUGUGUUUAUGGGGGAAAGUUUUAUGACACAGGAGAACAAAUCAAGAUAUCCUGCAAUACAUGCACCUGUAAGAACAGAACUUGGACUUGCACAGAAAAUCCUUGCCCUAAAACCUGCACAUUAUAUGGAAAUGGGCAUCUCAUCACCUUUGAUCAGUCCCGGAAGGAUUUUAAUGGUGGCUGUGAUUACAUCUUGGCUCAGGAUUUCUGUCAGAGCGACGACAAUGAAGGCACCUACAAGAUCAUUGUACAGAACUUCCUGUGCGGAAACACCAAUACUGUGUGCACUGUCAGAAUCAAAAUCCUCUUAUCGAGCGUAACUAUUGAAUUAAGUGAAGGUCGGGUAGAGGAGACCAUCAUGCCUGAACAUACUAGGAAACAUGAAGACAGUAGGUACAGCAUUGACUUGGUGGGGACUCGCACUGUUUUCAAGAAAGACAACCUGACUUUAAUGUUUGACCAACAAAUGACAGUUUAUUUCCAACAUCCAGUGGAGGGGACAGUUUGUGGACUAUGUGGAGAUAAUGAUGGUCGAUCUAGGAAUGACUUCACCUCUACCUGGUCACAAGAGUGUAUCAGAGAUCUAAAGCCUGAGAAACCAUGCUCUGGUCAAGAUGAAAAAUUAAUCUGGGCCCAAAAAAAAUGCUACAUCAUCCAGAGUGAUGUUUUUGCUCCUUGUCAUACAUCGGUGGACCCUAUUCCAUACUAUGAAACAUGUAUUGCAGACACGUGUAACUGUGACACUAAUGUAUGGGACUGCGAGUGUCUGUGUACCUCUAUAGCCGUGUAUUCUGCAGAAUGCAAAAGACAUAACGUCUGCAUCAAGUGGAGAACCCCAGACAUUUGUCCAUUGUUCUGCGAUUAUUACAAUAAAGAUGGGCAUUGUGACUGGCACUACAUGCCAUGUAAUGUUCCAUGCCUGACGACAUGUAGGAAUCCCAAAGGGGAAUGUGAUUAUCAAGUACUGCAACUUGAAGUGUUAUCUCGUUUUUCAUCUCUGUAUGUGGAAGAUGUUUCCACAAUGUGUGGCCUAGGGUCUUAG